CUACGGUUCCAUCUCCCCCACUGGGAAAGCUCACUUACACAUAGUGGGUAUUACAAAGGUUUAAUAAAUAUCCCUUUAAGACCGAAAGCAGAGGAUUCGUUUUGCAGGAUAAGGGUACAGGCGCCGCGGAAACUAUGCUCUACCAGCCAUGUAUUGGUAGAGCUCGCAUGGAAGCGCGGCCCUCAAGGAACAUGCGCGAUGCGCGUGUGUAUGGUCACCUAAUCCUGAGGAGCUCCAAGGGAAAAGAAGGGACGGGCCAAAAAGGCAAACAACAAGAACAAAUAAGGCUCUUGGGUCUAACUCCGGAUAAACUCACAAACAGCCACCGUCGGGCCGGUCCUGGAGGCGAUGAUGACUUUCCGCCGGAGGCCAGCAGCGAUACGGAUCUUCACACGGUAAAACGGCGCUGUCCGGUGAGUUGAGUAAGCGCAGUCCGAGAUUCGGCUGCCAGACAAAAUGGCGAUACUUCUCAGCGCCGCAAUGCGUUCGCUGGAAGUUCCAGAGAACGCCGGAACGGACUCACCGGGAAAUGUUGACGUCGUCGGCGUCGAUUGUGGAAGGCUUUCCUGGCUGGUCGCUGGCACGGGUCGAACGGACACCGGUUGCUGGGUAGCCAAGUCGGGCUGGUAGGUAUGGCGAAGUAUGGCGAUGUCAGUAAACUCCAAAUAAAUCUUCCGGGGCCCUUUGUAUUGGGACCCCGGCUGCCUUUAUAAAUGAUAAAUAUUAAAUACCGAACUGCUCUAGAACUUUCACAUAACUCACUAUUUAAUUUAAGGCACAAAGAAAAUGUAUACUAGCACUCCUAGCUGGAUCUGCCUUGAUUGCUGGACAGUAUGGCCGCGACUAUCACGAUAUCUGCUGAUCAUCGCCCCCCGCCAUAUUACAAGGCCUCUCUCGACAUUGGGUCAUUGGAUACAUGGGCCAUUUGAAGUAAUCCCAGAGCGAACCGGGAUUAAUCUUCAAUUGGCCAGAUCGCCCGCCAGACUCAUCCCGCUGCUGCAGCUAUCGCCCUAUCGACCUAAACUAUCGAUAACGUCGCUCCCACUCGACUCCAAUUGCAACAAGAGUGACGAAGAUCACCGAGUCCACAGAGGCAGCCAAUUGGUCACACGUUCAAUCCGAACACAAUCCAGCUGAUUUGGCUAGUCGAGGAGUUCCCCUUCAAGAGCUUGUGGAUAGCCCGCUUUGGUGGCAUGGACCCACUUGGCUGCAACGGCCACGCGUUCAAUGGCCUAGCCAGGGAACCGACCUGCCGGCGACCGAGAUCGAAAGGGGUGCCGUCAAAGCCCAUGUAGCGUUUAUGCCGACAGAGGAUUUCCUUGAUCGCAUUUCCAAAUUAGAUAGAGCAUUGCGGGUCCUCGCGUAUGUCCAUCGAUUUAUCCAGCGAUGUCGAAGACAAUCACCGCUUUCCGGGAUCCGUCUAGAGGCCAAGGACGUUGACGCCACGGAACGGCUCAUGACAAUUUGUACUCAGCUCAAGUAUUUUUCUGAAGAAUACCGCUGCUUGAGUCAGAAGCGCCUGAACCCCUUUCUAGACCAAAAAGGGCUAAUCUGGGCAUGCGGCCGCGUAACGGCCUCCGAGAGUUUGCGAAUGUGCACUCUCGCGGCUUUUGGUAAAAUUUACGCAUCUCAUUUCAUUACAUGGUGGUGAUCAGUUAGUGGUGCGUUUUACCCGGUCCAGAUACUGGUUUCCGAGAAUAAAGAACUUGGUGAAGGCAUUGGUUAACUCCUGCAAGGUCUGCGUUAUCCACAAAAAGAGAUUGCAAGUCCAGAUGAUGGGAAGCUUUCCGAAAGAGCGAGUGUCUUUUUCCCGUCCGUUCACGUACAAAUUAACGAGUGUGAGGGGAGGGGAACGCUCGAUGUGGGGUCCCUCGCCGCUGUCUCCAAUAAUUCGCCGGUUGGCCGCACUGCUCUUAUGUUGAGAUAGGGAGAUUGCUGUCUCCAAUAAUUCGUAGCCCGUCGGCCGUACUGCUCCUAUGCUGAGAUAGGGAGAUUAGGGUGGAAGGGAACUGUCCUUCGAUACCGCUGGCCUAAAGACUCAGUCGGUAUAUUGGUUAAUAAAAGAUUUUACGGCUAA